UUAGUGUCGCACACCACGAACUACGUGUCCGUUUCGCGGGACACCAGAAUGGGCAAGUGGCUGGGCAUCAAAAGGGCGAGAACAGAAUCGUUUUGACGAUCUGAUUGCUUGGAUGUACGUGGCUUGCGAACUGUACGAUCCGGCUACAUCUGUUACCCAACCAUUGCCAUGGACGUACCGUCAGAGUAAUAAGCCUAAUUUUCGUUUACCACAUCGAUCUUAA